AUGGACCCGCUCUCAGCAUUGAGCCUCGUUGCGAACAUUUUCGCGGUCAUCAGCUUCACUGGCGAGGUUCUCUCAACUGCUAAGCAAAUGAAAGAAAAAGGAACCACUGAACGCCAUGGAGCACUAUUUUUGCUGAGCCAGGAUCUUCAAACAACGGCUGGACGGCUUCGUGAUUCAAUCAAGGAUGCAUCAAGUGAGAUAAAACUCAGACACGAUGGGGCCGACAUGGAAAUAAUUGAACUUGCAUCUAAAGCGGUAACAACGGCGUCACACGUCGUAAACCUCAUGGAAAAGGUCCGACCAAAGGACUCGGGGAUAUUUAAUGUCAUCAAGAAGACGGGGAUUGCCCUAUUACGGAGACGCGAGAUCGAUGAAGCAGAGCAGAGACUAAAGGACAUCCGUGACCAGCUUAACUUCCGCAUCAUAGUCAGCCUGAGGGACAAAUUGGACGUACAGUCGACUUUGAGCAGCAAGGCAUUCAUGGCUUUGGAUAAACAGACAAGAGAUAUCACGGAGAAGCUGCUGGAGAGCCAGAUCGGUCUCGAUGCUGUCAUUUCUGCCCAGAAGGACAGCAACCGACUGGCUGAGAGACGACACGAGGAGCUUGUAGCCAAUUUGGGCAAGGCAGAGCCCGAGGAACAAGAUCCUAUUCCUCCCGUUGGACCCGGUUCCAAGAAACUGCUCUGGAAUAUGGACCGCGCAUUCCGAAGUGCGCUGUGGUAUCCGACGAUGGAGGAGCGGCAACAAGGGAUAUGGUUCCCUCACAAAGGUACUCUGGACUGGGUGUUUCAGGGGAGCCCGGCUGAAAAGACAAUUCCUUGGGAUGAUUUCGACCAAUUCGUGAGAAAGGGCUGUGGCAUAUAUUGGAUCACCGGAAAAGCCGGAUCUGGCAAGAGCACACUUAUGAAAUAUAUCAACACGAACUCAAAGCUGGACGAAGCGUUGACUGAGUGGGCGGCAGGACGGAAACUGUUCAAGGCCUCGUCUCUUGUCCUAAAGCUUCUCAGCACCUCACCGAUGAAAUCAGAGCCCGUGUUCUGGCGGGGCCAGGAGCAGAGAUUCUUCACUCAUCUUGGAUCUCGAAACCUCGCAUUAGACACAGAGCGAAUCAAGAUUGCGUUUUCUGAGCGCUUCGAAUCAAUGCAACUGUCAUCCAAGCGGCCAACGUCCUUCGAACCGAGCCGCAAUGAGCUGUUGCUAGCCCUAAACAGGAUAUUUCAACACUUACCAGACGCGCGCUUUUUCCUCUCGAUCGACGGCCUCGAUGAAUACGAUGCUUCGACUACUGAGAUGGCUGAUCUUGCAGAGAUACUCAAGGCAAUUCGCCAGCGGGAAAACGUCAAGGCCGUCAUAUCCAGUCGCCCUUGGGCAGUUUUCGAAGAUGCAUUUUCCGCCAGUCCACGACUGCGGCUUCAUCAGCUCACCCACAAGGAUAUCAGCUUCUACGUGAACGACAAGAUGCAACAUGAUCAGCGGAUGCAGAGGAUUCUAAAGUCUCAUCCAGAGGAGUCAAACGCCCUGAUGGAAGAGAUUGUCGAAGCAUCCGCGGGCGUCUUCCUUUGGGUGCGUCUCGUCGUCCAGAGUCUAGUGGAAGGUCUCAUGAACAGGGACCGUGUUACCGACUUGCAGCUGCGCCUGCGCGAUCUUCCCACUGACUUGGACGAGCUCUACCGGUUGAUGCUCAAGCGGGUGCCGGACACGUACCGGCGCCAGACCUCGAAAUUGUUGGAGCUUGCUUAUUAUGGAACUCGAGAUAGAUGGAACUUGAGCCUGUUCGGACUCUACUUCGCAUUUGAGUUGGACCAGGAGACUUCUAUGGAGAGAAUCCUGCAGAGUCGGUGCUUGGGCUUCGUCGAGGUGGUUCCACUGGACACGACAUGGCUGGCGUAUGGUCCUGACGUACUUGAUACCAGGAGCAAACACACAAGUGCGGUCCGAUUCAUACACCGCUCAGCGGUUGAGUUUCUCCGGUCUGUCUCAACCCCUUUCACUCUUCUUCAGAGACUCCCCAUCUUCGGAUCCUCUCCACGAGCACCGCCCUUUUUCGGUAAAUAUAUUCUUCAGCUGUACAUAUACUAA